UCGCCAAUGCAACCUAUUAAAAGUAUAUUUUCGAAUUUAGCUUGGUGGUAGUCUCAUCGCUUCCUAAAACCAAGUUGCGGUUUCCAAGGUCGUUGUCUGCGUUCUGUUCUUGCGGCUCACAGGUCCUGUCUCCCAACUUUGGAUUGCGCGCAAAUAAGGAACACCAAAACUGAUCCAACUCCUCUUACCAAGUGGGCUGAAAGCUGAUGAGCUAAAGUUGGCAAUUCUCUGUUACGGCAAACAUAAACUCUCUUUCAAAUCUCUAUUUUGAUCUCAUCCGCCGUAUACAUCAUAUACACGUAGAUGCUCGAUCGUCUCUCUCUUCAUGGCGUACUUCCCGUUGUUAGCUCUCAUGGCACUAUCCUCCUUGCUUCGAUCGACCACCCCUGCACCUGCCGGACUUCAACUCGGUCUCACCCACGUGGACGCCGGCAGCCCUUUCACGUUCACGGAGCGCGUCCGGCGUGCCGCGCAAAGAAGCAGGCACCGGAGGGAGGUCCUCGAAGCCAGGCUGGCCAACUCCUCCGGCGACAUCCAAGUCCCGAUCACGUCGUCGAAGUUCGAGUACAAGCUGGAAUUCGCCAUCGGCACACCGGAGCUCAACGUUACCGCCAUACUCGACACCGGCAGCGAACUGGUAUGGACGCAGUGCCGACCCUGCGACCCAUGCGUGCAGCAGAGCACCCCCGUUUAUGACCCCUCCGAUUCAUCCUCCUUCUCCAGGCUUCCUUGCACCAGUCCCUUGUACGAUUACCAAGUCUUCAAGCGCUUCGAUCCACCAACGUGCCACUAUGCCUACGGCUAUGGCUCGGGGGCCACUCAGGGCGUUCUGGCCAUGGAGACGUUCACAUUUGGCACGAAAUCUGUGUCCAACGUUACCUUCGGCUGCAGCAGGCAAAGCAAAGGCAACUUCGCUGGAACGUCCGGCAUCGUUGGGUUUGGCCGAGGAAAUCUGUCGCUGAUAUCGCAACUCGGUUUCCGCAAAUUCUCUUACUGCCUCACUUCAUUCAACAGUUCAAGCAGCAGCCAUCUUCGGCUUGGGUCUCUUGCGACCCUGAAUGGUACCGCAGGUAAAGUUCAAUCCACGCCUUUCCUGGAUGACACCAAUCUAUACCGCGUCUCUUUACGAGGGAUAUCGCUGGGUGAGGCCCUCUUGCCAAUUCCGAACGCCACCUUUGAGUACAGAAGAGACGAGCUUAGUGGUACGGUGAUAGACUCCGGCACGGGCCAGACGCAGUUGCCCAAGCCCGUGUACGAGAUCGUCAAGCAAAACAUCAAGUCUCGCGUUGGCCUACCCGUGGUUGACCUGUCGUCGACCAUCGGGCUUGACCUCUGCUUCUCAGUCUCGUCAUGGCCGCCGCCGCCGGUGCCGGACAUGACGUUCCACUUUGACAAUGCCGAUAUGACGAUACCGCCGGCGAACUACAUGUACCCCGACCAAAACGCCGGCGCGUUCUGCUUAGUGAUGCAGAGGUCCGAAAGCAACUUGACGAUCGUCGGCAACUACCAGCAGCAGAACAUGCAUGUAGUCUACGAUGUUGCAGGAAGAACGCUGUCCUUCAUGCCAGCCCGAUGUGAAGACUUGUAAAUCAUGGCUUUUCAAGUAUGCCUCAUCGUGAAAGAAAUUUGAAAUAGUGAAGAUUUCGUUCUUGUCAAUGUAACACAUGUUAUGAGGAUGACAUCAUUAGCAAGCGCUCAAAUUCA